UUCCCGGGAAUAGCGACAGGGAGGCGUAAUGUGGCUGUGGAGGCUCGGCAGCGUCCUGGGUGCCUGGCUCUGCACGUCGGUCGCUCUGGUGAACGGAGCGGCGGCAGUGCCCCAAGAAAUGGUAAACGAAGAUGAAGUAUACUAUGAAAAUGGAGAGAAGGAUUUUUGUUAUGCAUUUUCUCAAAAGCCUAACUUCAUGGAUUCUUGGUCAACAGUCAAGGUGAAUGUAAAGAGUUCCGACUUAAUGGAGCUUACCUACCCUUCAGAAGAAAGUUAUUUUCAUGAACCAGACACACUGAAAGACUACAUUAAACAUUAUUACUAUCAAGUUAUAUCAUCUUCAAAUUCACCAGCUACUGAAUUCAUCAUAAAUAUUGAAUGCUGUGAUCGUAAAACCUGUUUCAAAGUAAAGCCAAAGUUGCCUGAUACAAUAUACACCGUUACAGUAAAAAGGCAGCAAUUCGAACCAAAGCUGAUUUUUCAGUUUGUGGCUGGAAUAAUCCUGUUCGUUUAUGCAAAAUCCAUUAGCAGGAAUGAAUUAUUUAAUUAUUGUGCAGGAUUUACUCUGGGAAUCUUUGCACCAUUAGUCCUCCUUCUCCACAUCUGUAAAAGAAUAAUUCGAAGAAGAACUUCCUUGUUGCUGAUGAUUGCAAGUUUUUCAACCUCUGCAUUUCUGAUUUAUUUGUGUCUUAUAAAUCAAUCUCAAUACAGGAAAUAUUUAUAUGGUUACCUUUUUGUGGUUAGUUGCCUUAGUUAUGUUAUUUGCGAAAGGCACAGGCCAUUAUCAGAUGAACACAGUAUAAAACUGCUCACCUGGACCCUACAGUUUGUAGCAUCAGUGUUGAUAUACUGUGGUGUUGCAUUCAGUCAGUGUGCCUAUACUGUCAUCAUAAUUCUGUUGUGUGGAAGCAACCUUCACCACCCAAUUAAUUUGAUCCGCUACAUUUACAGAAAAAUUAAACGAUUAUUUAAGAAGCGACAAGUUCGCUUCCUCACUGAAGAAGAGUACAAAGAUCAAAGUGAAGUGGCAACUAUAAAGGCUCUUGAGGAACUCCGUAGAUACUGCAAGGGUCAGGAUUUUCCUACAUGGGAAAUCGUAUCUAAAGUCAGUUCUCCAAAAAGACUUGCAGACUUCAUCCUAGGAGCUUAUCAUAUUACAUCAGAGGAAAUGCAGAACCAUGAGCAACACUACGGAAUUGGAGGUUCAUUUUUGGAAGCCCAACUCUUUGUCAGGGAAGAAAAUAAUCUUUCAGUCUCUGAGAAUGGGGAAAUGGCAGCUGCAGAUGGACGUGAAGUUGCUGUGAUAAUGAAUUGAUCUUGCUUCACUGACAUCUAAUUAAUAUUUUCAACUGUUAUUGUGAAUAGAAACUGGAUAAUACCACAAAAUUGAUAGCUUGAAAUGUCUGAGUACUAUCAUUACUGACUCUGAUAACUCUGACAACUGAAUGCACAGAGACCAAGGAACCUGUGAAUUGAGCUGCUUAAUGAUUACACAGAGUUUGUAUUUUUUAAGGAAAAGUUUACACUGAAUAGGUAUAGUUCAGCCUGAGUAGUCUUUGACUACACCAAUGGACCCUAUCAUUAUUGAAAGACUUUUGGUUGAAGUUGAGGCACUGAGGCCCAUCUACACCUCAAGCACCAAAAUGACAUUAUCUGAACUGGAUGGCUUCAGAGGAAGAGAUUGUGGUCUUUCUACAGUGACUGCUAGAUUACUUCCCCUGAGUGAGAAUUUCUGUCUUUGAAAAUGGAAGAUAAAGCAACAAGGAAAACCAGGCAUCUGAUGUUCUUAUUACUAACAUUCAGGCAGUUAAUUGUAGGGCUGCAUUGAUGGGUUGGUUAUAAUCAGCAGUUCAGACCAUCUUGCCCUCAAUUUGUGUAACAAGCAGCUCCACAUGACAAAUAUAGAAAACAAGUUGUGUGGAAUUGAGGUGCAAACUGGAGGUUAGGUUAAUUGUGAUAUGUGUUGUAUUCUGCUUAAAUCAUUGUGUUACAAAUAUUGUUUCCUUGUCCAGGAUAAACAUUUUUUUUUAAAUUGUGGAAGCAAAGGUGAUUAGAUGAAUAUGUGAGAUAAUUAUUGUGUUUAAACAUGCAAUAUUAAUCAUGCAACUGACUUCAGUAUGCAAAUUUUAACAAAACGGAUUUCAGUUGAGCUGUACUGUGUAAUUUUGUUUAAUUCUACAUCCAACUCAGGUUUAAAAAAGGGCUGCUUUUAUCUGAAGAUUUAUAUGAAAAUUAAUUUGAAAUGGGAUUUAUUCGAAGUCACAACGAUCUUGUAGCCAUUUUAUUCAGUGCAAAGUAACAAAUGGUAUUGAAUGACCUGUGAACAUUGAAUUAGGAUUAUUUUAUGUAAAUGUACUUGCUUCUGUGUCGACAGGCAGAAUUUGCUUUCAAAUUUUAUUCAUUGCCAGGGGACAAGCACUUUGCCUCAUAAUGACUGGAAGCCUGCAGUGGAGUAUCGUGGAUACAAAAGCCAUUUUGUGAUUGUGGAGUUUCAAGCAUGUUUAAUUUUUUUUUGGUGCGAGGCGUAGAGACAAACAAAAAAAUGAAGAUUUUUUUUUCCAAUAUGGAAUUCUUCAUUCAAAAGAAUGCACGUAGAAAAAAAGACUGGAAUCUCACAGGAGUUCUUGAGCAAAUAAUGCUCAAAAUAUCUUUUUAACUCUGUUAUGAAGCUGUCUUUCAGAUUACAGUCAGUUUGAUGUAGGUGUUCUGCUGAUAAUUUGCCCAAAAUGUCCUGUUUGGGAAGUUCACCUGUUUUCAACUCAGAAUUUUUGUUAUGCAAAAUAGUAACACAAGAUCCCACUCCUGAACAUUUUAUGUAAAUAUUAAUAUUUUUUACAUGACAUUAUUCUUUUUGUGAGAGUUCAUUAUUCUUGGGGAAAAAAAACUAUUUACUUGUUGAGCUUAUUCAAGCAUAUUUUAACUUUAGAUGUUCAUCUAUCGUGUCUGUAUAUCCUGUAGUUUUUGUUAGAAGUGAUGUCUAAGUUGGAAUUUAACUCCCAAGUGAUAUUUUAUUAUUUACAAGUAAAUAGGACUACAUUUCAUCUGGCCUGUUAGCUGAAUAGAAACCAUUAUUGACAUCUCUUGUGAAAAGAAUUUAUCAUUAAUUGUGCAAGACACUUCAUUAGUGUCUGACUUUGAAGAAUGUAGAGGAAUGAUUAUAUGGGUUAAAUGUAUGUGGAAGUGUUAAGAAUGGCAUUUAAAGGGGAAAAAAUAAUUUCAAUGAUAAAUCUUGCUCUCAAGGUUAAUACCAUCUGGAUUCCAUGUAUAAAUUUAUUAUUGCUAUUAAUUAAAAUACGACCACCUGGUGAAUAUUGUUCCGAGACCCAGCCUAUUGUAAAUGAAUGAAGUGAUAGUUUGUGUUUGUCCAGAUUGGCUAAACCAAAGUUGCAGCACCAGCUGUUAAGUUCAGGAGAGGGCACAAGGAACAGGUAUUCUUCUGAAGAAGUUUGAGGUAAGAGCUCCCUCAUGUGGAGGCACUCGAAAUGGACUCCUGUACUAUUGUUAGAACAUUUCCCAUUUAUAUCAAUGGACUGGACAACUCGAGGGUUUUAUUAAUGCAAUGUUAGUGCUUUUAUUUUGAGUUAAUACCCCAUCAUCAUCUUGUUUGUCUUGGUGUAAUUGUCUAUACCAGGAUGUAUCCAAUCUAAGAUAAGUACAUGAUUGGACUGGGUUUUUAACUUUUCAUCAAGACCGGUGCUUUAAUAUUCAAAGGUAUUUUAGAGUAGUUUGUUUUCUAACUCUUUAUAUCUGUAUUAUUUUAUUAAAAAUUGCAAUUAAUUUAAAUUGCUUGGUAAAAUGUGAUC